CAAAGAGAAGAAGGAGAUCUCAGGGAGAUGGGGAAAGUUCAGCAGAUGGAGUUGGGUGAGAGAAUGGAUCUAAGGGGUGCGUCAGUGCAGAAAUCUCAGAUGACACUGUGAUUUCUGGCUCAUGUAGUAGGAUGGAUGAUGAUGCCUUUCAUUGAAUGAGGCAGGAGGAGGAUAUUUGGGGAAGGCAGAACGUGAGGAUAUUAAGGCCUUCCCCAAAUUUGUACUUGCAGCAAGUUCUCUUAGAUUUAUGGGCCUGGAGUUGAGAAGGGAGGUCCAAUUUGGGGCGAGAAGUUGAGCAGUCAUCAGCAUAGGGCGACAAUUGGAGUCGGGAGGGUCGCGCCUGGGAGGGUGAGAAAGGGGCGAAGAAAGGCCUUGGAGACCGACAUUUAAAGGUCAGAUGGAGAAAGUAGAAAUUUAAGAAGAGCCUUCAGAGAGAUGAGAGAGGAGCAGGAGACAGAGGUCAUGGGGCAUCUGAGGGAGCAGGGUUGGAUCAACAGUGCACAUGGCAGUCCUCCUUUGCAGCUCCAAAUGAGGAAGAGGCGCUGCUCUACCCCAUUUAAAUGCCUGAGAUAGAACUCUGGAAAAAGGAGGUUGGACAUCCUAGUGAACGGACAGUCUGUUUAAGCUGAAUCACUGAUGGUCUAACAGCCCAAACUUUCAGUAACUUCUCAGUGUUUCCUUUCAUUUUCUAAACUGAGGUUGAGGCCGUCUGAGAGAGGCAGAAUAAACAGCUUGCCCAGUGUUACUCAGUGAGCAAAAGGCAUUUCCAAGACCACCACUUAGGUCCCCAGGCUGCCGGCUCUGGAAGGGGUUGCUUUCCCUUUGGACCUUGGCAGAACUGGCCUGGGUGGGCCGAGACUGUCAGCUCUCGCUCUAGGUAAGGGGCCGGUUGAUCAAGCAGCUUCCUCAUAACCGUGUCCUUGAUUUCCCAAGUGAAAGGCAACAAAUUCACUAAUGACUUCCCCGCGGUGGGCUGGUCCAGAGCCAACCCCAGGUUGAUUGUUUCCAUAUUCACUAGCAUUUGAAAUUGGGGGGCACCAUUGACUUUCAUUCCCUGAAAAAGAAUCUAAUGUUGCCCUCAUUUCUUGGAGACUUUUUCCUGCUGUAAUAUUGGUGUUUAUGGGGAAAUUAGCUAUGAUGAGGUAAUAGUCUAUUUUAGAAAACUGAACUCAGAUAUUGAAAGGGCUGUUUUAAACCUGCACUUAAUCGUUCCGUUCCAUAAUGGUCUCUCGGUACUUUUUUGAGAAUUCCCAUGGAUUGCCUGACAACUGGACUCAAGCAGCUUGUAUUCCAUGGGGAACGCCAAGCCCUUUUGAGGGACACCACGGUAUUAAUGAUCGAUGAGAAUAUUCAAGGCAUUUUCCCAUUUAAGUGCCAUUACUUGUAGUGUUAAAACGUUUUGAAAACACAUUUUAGCCAUUAACUCAUCUUUAUUGUCAGAUGAAAGUGCUAAAUAGACUCACUCUCCUUCAGUUUUCCUCCUUCAUCUUGGAAUAAAAUCAUCUGCUGGAUUCUUGGCCACACAUUCGGCAACAGAACAGAAAACCUAUAACUUCAUUGCAGAGGCGGCUGAUGGGGAAGGGAAUUCCAGCCGAGCCCAGCUAUCAAAAAUCAUUAACCUGGUUUAGCAGAUUCAGGCUCCUGGAAUUUACAGGCUGAGCUACUUCUUUCCAUUGGUGUAUUUUCCCUCCAGAAAAACAAGUGCUUAUAUCGUUUAAGAAAUGUACCUUUAUGUUAGAGAGUAUUUCGUUAAAACCACCUAUUUUGUAUCUGAUAUAUUAUAGGCUGAUGGUUAACUGGUUUUGCUUCUCAUUCAGAAAAAGCAAGCAGUGUAACUGUUGUCUGAGGAGGUUCUGCAGUUUCCAGGAGGAAGUGUCUCUGAGCCGUAGGAACAGCAGAGGUAACAGGGCUGCUCCCUUUCCUCCUGGGACAGCUCCCUGGAUGCUGCUGAUGGUUCAUGGGAGGCAAGCCAGAGGGAUGCUGGCUUUGCAGGGCCGUGUGGGGAGUCUGCAAGCCUCUGGUGUCACUGGCAGCAGCUGCCAUCCUGGCUGGCCUCUUGAUUUCUCCAACUCUGAACCUUGCUGAUCAGCUUGAAAGGCAGAAUGUCUUCAUAACCCUCCUAAAAUCACAUGUCGUCCCCAGAAACGUUCCUAGAGCCAGCACUGGACUGCUUUUCUCCAUUCCGCUGGGGAAGUCUCGGGGCGCCAUUGCCGUUAGGGGCCAGACUUACAGUAAAACUAAGGAUGGCCAGUAGCAGGAUGCAGCUGGAGGCGCUGGCCUGAGAGCAGAGACCAGGGCCCCCUUGUAGCUCUGCUCCCAAGCCUGGGCAAGUCCCUGACCAGGUUAUCAGCUCCUAGACUUUUAAAUUUCAUAAACCAAAAUUUCAAAAUAAACUCUGGGGAUUUAGAAUGGAGCUGUCACUAUCAUUUUGUAAAAUAAAAACACCGUAGUGCAAAACUGUUGGAAUGACUGUAGCUUUCUGCAAGGCUCAUGGCAUAGCCUUUAUUUUUCUCCUUUUCCCUUGGACUGAUCCAUGCUGUGGAUCCACCGGGCGGCACAAUCUUAAGGAUUUCUUUUCCAGUGCUAACUGUGUGCCAGGCCCUGUGCUGAAUGCUGGGACUACAAUGAGGUGUAAAGACCGCCCUGCCCGGGAAGACCUUAUCCUCCGAGAGACACGAGAGAAAGCAUGUAAUUGCAGUCCACACUGACGGGCCUGUGACGAGGUAGACACCGCAGAUCAGGUUUGCUGGGAUGGGAAACCUGCUCAAAGUCCUUACCAGGGAAAUCGAAAACUAUCCACAUUUUUUCCUGGAUUUUGAAAAUGCCCAGCCCACAGAAGGAGAGAGGGAAAUAUGGAACCAGAUCAGCGCCGUCCUCCAGGAUUCCGAGAGCAUCCUCGCAGACCUACAGGCUUACAAGGGCGCGGGGCCAGAGAUCCGAGACGCAAUUCAAAAUCCCAAUGAUAUUCAACUUCAAGAAAAAGCUUGGAAUGCAGUGUGUCCUCUGGUCGUGAGGCUAAAAAGAUUUUAUGAGUUUUCAAUAAGGUUAGAAAAAGCUCUUCAGAGUUUAUUAGAAUCUCUGACCUGUCCACCCUACACGCCAACCCAACACCUGGAGCGGGAGCAAGCCCUGGCAAAGGAGUUUGCGGAAAUUCUACAUUUUACCCUUCGAUUUGAUGAGCUGAAGAUGAGGAACCCCGCUAUUCAGAAUGACUUCAGCUACUACAGAAGGACAAUAAGUCGUAAUCGCAUCAACAACAUGCAUCUAGACAUUGAGAAUGAAGUCAAUAAUGAGAUGGCCAAUCGAAUGUCCCUCUUCUAUGCAGAAGCCACGCCAAUGCUGAAAACCCUUAGCAAUGCCACAAUGCACUUUGUCUCCGAAAACAAAACUCUGCCAAUAGAGAACACCACAGACUGCCUCAGUACAAUGACAAGUGUUUGUAAAGUCAUGCUGGAAACUCCGGAGUACAGGAGUAGGUUUACGAGUGAAGAAACGCUGAUGUUCUGCAUGAGGGUGAUGGUGGGGGUCAUCAUCCUCUACGACCACGUCCACCCUAUGGGAGCUUUCUGCAAGACAUCCAAGAUUGACAUGAAAGGCUGUAUAAAAGUUUUGAAGGAACAGGCCCCGGACAGUGUGGAGGGGCUGCUGAAUGCCCUCAGGUUCACUACAAAGCACUUGAAUGAUGAAUCGACUUCCAAACAGAUUCGAGCAAUGCUUCAGUAAAACUCUGCUCAAAGAAGAGGAUCUAUGUACUGACCUCAGAAGAUGUAUAUGUUUACAUAAUUUAAUACAGAUUGAUGUUAAUACUUGUGUAUUUACAUAACCGUUUCCUUCUUGUCACUGAAAUAUAUGGACCUUAAUUUGUAUCCUGACUGACUCAACCCAGCAGAGCAUAAAUUGACUUGAGAGCCUUACUUUGGUGUCUAAAACAAAACCCCCUUCUCCAAAGGCAGGAUUUGGAGACUUUGAUCUUUGCCACUGGAGUCCUUUAACUAGACCUGUAACAAUCAGAAAUUCCCAAUAGUUUGUGGUAGUGUUUUAAUUCUAGGUGUGUAAUCUCUCUGGGCAGUAUAGUUAUAGAAACACGAAGUAUUUGAUUUCCUGUGUCAGCUCAGCUGCAAGAAACACAACUGUUAUCCUGAUAGAGGGAGAGAGGAAUCCACGAAAGUGUUGUGAAUUCAGCACACCCCCUCUCUUUCCUCAGACUGCAAACCACACGUGCAACUCUCCUCUUUGCACGGAUUUUAUUCAUCAGCAUAUUCCCUUUCUGUCUGGGUUUGUAUCCCUCUAAAGUUCCCUUUCAGUUUCACAAGAGGAAAAUCGCCUGUGUUUGACUCAAUUCAUGGGAGAGAAGCAAGAAUAGAUAGAUGUGCUGUUGUAGCCGGGCUGAUGAAGGUGCUUGUCUUGGAAGCGGGGGACAGGUUGGGAGGAAGGGCACCCAGGCAACAGGACAGUCAGCUCUCUGCUUCAACCCUCUGUCCACAGGGCCGGGGAAAUGGAGCUCUGCCUUUGAACUUGUGGGUAAGUUUGCUGACAUUCCAGUUGUUUGUGGAGUGCUGGACACACAGUCUCUCCUAAUAGGAGCCUUGUCCUCUGUGGACUAUUCAUGUGGCAACGGAGGUCUAGACCACUUUGUGAGUUACCAGAAAACUGGGAGAAUUUGGAGUGGGAAAAGCAUCUACAUUUUCUGGUUACUUGGUAUUUAAAAGGCAGCUCCUCUCCAACUCCACUGCUUUUUGCAGUGUGUAAAACUCUGGUAUGAGUACCUGGAUUUGGUCCUAGCCCUAUUAAUGAUUCACAGCGUGAUCUUGGGGGAUUCACUGAAGCUCUCUGUGUCUCACCUUCCCCAUCUGUAAAAUGGGCAAUUAAAACAGACAAUCUCCAAGAGCCCUACAAGGCUAAGAGCCGUUAAAAUAACUGAGUCUGAUGUUUUUCCUUAGUAAGUAGAGUCCAGUAAGCAUCCCCCCACCUUGUCUUGAUGAUUAACAGUGUGACAAGGCCUAGAGUCAUUCUGUCUGCAGAUCAGAGCUUAGAAUGGAAUCUUUUAAGUCUUCUAUUCUGCUCUCCAAUGGAAAAAUGAGACAGAGGAUGGAGUCAAACAGGGUCACCCCCAUGUCGGACUAGAACGCAGGGUGCCUCACUCCUGACUCCAUGCUCUUUCUUUUUCACCACGUGGCCUAUGCAUACGAUAAGGCUGGACACUUUUAAAUAAAUCCUCAGUCUGGCCUAUAUAAUUGCUUACCUAUUUCUGGUAGAAAGGAAGAGUUGCCCAGUGAAUGAUAAGUCCAGAAGGUGGAUCUGGGUACAUGAGGGUUUGGUGUCAUUCACAAUGUCCCAAGGAAUGAGCUGUCACACUAUUGCUUUCUGGACAUUAGUGGCCAGCUGGCAUUCCCUUGAGUCCUCCAAGAAAAAGGUAGAUAUACUCUCAUUUUAUUUUAUUUUUAGCAAAGAAAUCCAGUCGAGCGGCAGAACAGAUUCCCUGGUCUCUAUCUAAACGUCAGUCAACAGAGAGAGGAAAGACCCCUUUCCUUACAGCUUUUCAAGCUGAACAAGUACAGCUGCUUGGAUGGGAGUUCUCUCAUCAGAAUAGAAAUGUACUCUACGGCCUUCAAGAUCUUUUGAAACCUAGGGAUACUGCAAUCCCAGGGGAAGCCAGAAAAUGGGAUAAUACUGAGUGAACAAAUUCAUUAAAUAUUCAGCUUAUGAAAUAUUCUUCUAUUUGGCAGCCACAUGUUAUCCUUGGGCAACAACUGUCAAGACUAGAAAUGUAGAGGCACUCAGUGUUUAUCAUCAUUGGGUCCAUUUUUCCUCCUUUAUCAGAUGAGGAGAUUAAGUUUUGGAGAGAGGAAAGGACUUGCAGAGUAAGUAGUUGAGCACAUUUAUAAUUUUUCACUAGACUUUCUAUCAAAUGGGACCAAACAUAUGGGAGGGGCUGCAAGCCUGCCUUAAUUUAGGCAGGCCAUCUUGUCUCAAAGCCAAGACUCACCGCUACAUGGAUUCCCAAAAGCCCAGGGCCUGCGACUAUCAGGAGGACAGGUUAACUGAAUGUCUGUGAUCACGAACAGGUGAUGGACCUUGGGUCCACUCCAGAACUAUUGUGGGAGACAAAUUCUUUUAACAGAUUGUCCUCCAGGCAUCAGGAGUCCUUGAACAGUCAUGUUUUUUGUGCUGCAUGCACAUGUGUCCAAGACCCAUGAGUGGUUUAGGGGAAAGUGCUAGCGAAAGUAUCCAUGUCAAUGUUAACUAUAUUUCAUUUUCGACGCCAACGUCUCAUAGUUUCCAAAUAAACUGUGUUUUCCUUUACUCAGAUAUUUAUUUUGGGGCAAGCAACAGGGUGAAAGUUACAUUUCUCAGAUGCACUGCUAUUUUGGCAUUAUAACAUUGUUCUCAGAAAGCUUUCAUGUGCCACAAGUAAUUGUAAUAAAAAAAAAAACAAGUGGCAACAAAUGUUUUGGAUUGUGGUGACCCAUUAGGGCUGGAGUAUUAAUUGACAACCAGAAAGAAAGUCUUGGAUACUAUCUUUUAACCAUUAGUUGACAUCACGCUUCGUCAAUGUUUGUUUCUAGUCAUCACCAUUAUAUCAAGAUAUUAGUGGUAAACUGAAGUUUUUGAUACAUCAUCACAUUUAAGUAAAAAUAAUUUUGUAUUUCCUUAAAAGAAAAAUGAAACCUACUCAAUCUUGGGAUCCAAUUGUCCAGUAGAAUUCAGAGACUUCUCAUUCAAUCUUGUAUCCUAGACAGCUGUGAAUUUUUCUAGAUGUUAAUAAUAAACAUUGGAAUUUUAACUUAAGAGACAAAACCUUUAGAGGCCCAUUUCCCCCACUCCAUCCAUAAAGGCUGUUGCAUACACAAAGCUGUUUUAAAGUUGUCAUAUGUUGUUUGCUAAAGUUAUUGUAAUUUUUUUGCCUGCUUUGCCUCUUUUUGUACAGAAGUUUUGAGUGUGAAAUGAAAAUUAAAGUUUGGUACAUAUAUUUAAAAACA